AUGUCUGUGGUUGGCCUGGACUUUGGCACGGCCAACGCGGUCAUUGCCGUGGCCCGGAAUAAGGGCGUCGACGUGAUCACCAACGAGGUCUCGAACCGCGCAACACCAGCCCUCGUGGGCUUCGGCCCCAAGAGCAGAUACCUGGGCGAGGCCGCAAAGACCCAGGAAGUGUCGAACCUCAAGAACACCGUUGGAUCGCUCACACGCCUCGCCGGCCGCACAUUAAACGACCCAGACGUCCAGAUAGAGCAAGAGUAUGUGUCAGCGCCUCUCGUCGAGGUCAAUGGCCAGGUGGGCGCGGAGGUCACAUACCUGGGCCAGAAGCAGAAGUUCUCAGCCACCCAGCUGAUUGCCAUGUUCCUGACCAAGGCCCGUGAGACUGCCUCGAAAGAGCUGAGACUGCCAGUAAACGAUAUGGUCAUUUCCGUGCCAGCGUGGUACACAGACGCACAGAGGAGAGGCAUCUUGGAUGCCGCAGAUGUGGCAGGUAUCAAGGUUCUUCGUCUGAUCAACGAGACUACCGCGACCGCUCUUGGAUACGGUAUCACCAAGCUCGACCUGCCCAACGCAGACGAGAAGCCACGCCGAGUCGCCAUUGUCGAUAUCGGCCACAGCAACUACACCGCCUCCAUCUGCGAGUUCAAGAAGGGCGAGCUCAAGGUCAUCUCGACUGCCUACGACCGACACUUCGGUGGCCGCAACUUCGACAAGGCCAUUAUUGAGCACUUCCGCAAGGAAUUCAAAGAGAAGAACAAGAUCGACAUCUACGAGAACCCCAAGGCACGUGUGCGUGUGGCUGCCGCUGUGGAGAAGUUGAAGAAGGUUCUGUCUGCCAACGCCAUGGCACCCAUCAACAUUGAGUCGCUUAUGAACGAUGUUGAUGUCCGGGGCAUGCUCAAGCGAGAAGAGUUGGAGGAACUGGUCAAGCCGCUGCUCGAGCGUGCAACUGCACCUCUCGAGCAGGCUCUUGCCGAUGCCAAGCUCAAGACGGAAGACAUCGACUUCAUUGAGCUUGUUGGUGGCUGCACGCGUGUUCCAGCGCUGAAGGCUGCGAUUCAGAACUUCUUCGGCAAGCCUCUCAACUUCACCCUCAACGCAGACGAGGCCAUCGCUCGUGGCUGCGCAUUCAGCUGUGCCAUUCUGUCACCAGUCUUCCGUGUCCGCGACUUCAGCGUACAGGACAUCGUCAACUACCCCAUCGAAUUCACCUGGGAGAAGUCGCCAGAUAUCCCAGACGAGGAUACCAACUUGACCGUCUUCAACCGUGGAAACGCCAUGCCGUCGACCAAGAUCCUGACCUUCUACCGAAAGCAACCGUUCGAUCUCGAGGCCAAGUACGCAAAGCCUGAAACGCUUCCUGGCAAGAUCAACCCAUGGAUUGGGCGAUUCAGCGUCAAGGGCGUCAAGGCCGAGGGCAAGGACGAUUUCAUGAUCUGCAAGCUCAAGGCACGUCUGAAUCUGCACGGUGUGCUCAACGUUGAGCAGGGAUACUACGUGGAAGAGCAAGAGAUUGAGGAGCCAGUCCCAGAUUCCAAGGAUGAAGCUAAGAAGGAUGGUGAUGCAAUGGAUACCGAUGACAAGGCCAACGGCGAGGCCAAGGCGCCGAAGACCCGCAAGGUCAAGAAGCAAGUCCGCAAGGGCGACCUGCCGCUCUCUGCCGGAACCGCUUCGCUCGAUCAAUCUUCGAAGGACAACCUCAUGGAGAAGGAAGGCCAGAUGGUUGCUGAGGACAAGCUUGUUGCCGAGACCGAAGACAAGAAGAACGAGCUCGAGUCGGAGAUCUAUGCCAUGCGCGGCAAGGUCGACGAGCCAUACGAGAGCAACGGAUACGCCGAUUUCUGCAGCGAAGAGGAGAAGACGAAGAUCAAGGCCAAGUGUGAUGAGCUCGAGGACUGGCUUUACGAGGACGGCGAGGAUGCUACCAAGGCACAGUAUGUCGCGAAGUUCGAGGAGCUGCGAGCGUCUGCUGGCCCAGUCAUCCAGCGCUUCAACGACAAGAGGCAGGAAGAAGAGGAGGCCCGCCGAAAGGUCGAGGAGGAAGCCGCAGCCAAGAAGCGGGCUGAGGAAGAUGCCAAGAAGAAGGCCGAGGAGGAGAAGCGAAAGGCCGAAGAGGAGUCCAAGAAGCAGGCAGAGAAGCCUGAUGAGGAGAUGAAGGACGCCGACGCCGAGGGCCAGGCACCGGCUGAUGUUGAGGAGGCAUAG